AUGGUGUUCAAUGAAGUCAUUUUUACCACGGCUGUCCUAGACAUUGCGUUCUCCUCACCAGCAGUUGCUCACAAGAUCAAGAAUCCAGCUGCUCCUCAGUCCCCGAUCGAUCCACCAUCCCUAGUGUACCGUGUUGACCUUGCUGAUCUCCUCAGCAUGGCCAGUCCAUUCCAAACUUUCCUGAACUACCUGCAAAAGACCAAUGUCAUCGAAACUUUUUAGAGUUAGGCGAACAACACCAAAGCGGGCAUCACCAUCUUCGUCCCUAAGGACUCCGCGUUCGCAUCGCUGAAGAAGAACACCCUUGCCAGACUCACCAAGGACCAGAUCAAGUCCCUGCUCCUGUACCACACGCUCCGCAAGUUCUACUCCCUGCCUGAGCUUAGCAAGCUCAGCAGGCGCAACCUUGUGGCCAUCUUCGCCGGCUCACGGUACACGCUCAACCUCACCGACGACAUUGGCAGUAUCACAGUGAUGUCGGUGAGGUCUAACACGAAGAUGAUCAAUGCCUUGUAUGCGAGAGCUCCAGUUGCGGUGUACGAGGUCGACAAGGUAUUCCUGCCAAUGCAAAUCUUCAAGAGCCAGCCCACGCUGAUGAUGGCCCCUGGUUGGGACUAA